GGUUUUAUCCGCGUACUUCCUAUUCCAUAAUACAUGUUUUUAGCAUUUUCUAUUAUAAUAGGUAAUUUCUAAAAUAUUAGAAGACAAUUGUAGUGAAUUGGUAAAUAAAAUGGCGUGCACAUAUCAUUGUGUCGAAAUAACAAGCUCUGAUUACGGCGUCAAUAAUUCAGGGCACAUUUGCAGCGCUUUCAGGGCCGACCGGGUGACCUUCCGCGAAUGUCAGGGGUCGGCGGGAUACUUGCACGAAGUGUUGCCAGCUUUUGAAAAGAGUAUAAAUAACAAUAUGUGGCUAUUCUUUUCAAUUAUAACAUAGUGAGGUUUUCUUCCUUCUAAGAAAUUUUCAGUGAAUAUCUCAGCCCGAAGUUGGGUAGGGUAGUUGACUCAUGUCAAAUUUAUAAUAAGGGUUCGAAACAUAUCGUUAUUCACUAAUAAAAGUUCAUAAGAAACUUUUUUAUAAUUUUUUUCCAAACGUCAAAAACUUUAUCGUCCAUUUUGUUACGUCACAUCGUUAUUUGAUGUAGUAAAGGAAUAAACGUCAAACCAAUAAUUUUGACCAACACUAAACCGUUUGGUUAAGGUUUAGUGUUUAUGUGACGUCAGAAACGAUAAAAUAUAGACCAUCAUGGCCGACAGCGCUUUUUUGACUCGUAUUGUCGAAAAAAAAUUAAAAUUAAAAUUUUUAUGUAUUCAUGUGUCAAAAAAAUAUAAUACAUUCUUUUUCAAUCUAUCAGAACGAUAGUGAACAAUUUAAGACCAUUUAAAAAAAGUGUAAACUUAGGCUAGUUGAUGGUAUUACACCAAGAAAGUCUCUUAGAAAUGUGGAAGGUAUAGCAACCAUAGAGUUUGUGUCAAGCAUAAAAGAUACGCUACAUUUGCAUAAAGUAAUAAGUGAUUUACUAUAAGCAAAUAUUUUUGAGUUACCAAUGCUAUUGGAAACUACUUAUUGGAAUUAAUUUUCCUCGUUACGUAUUCGAACGCCAAAUUGUACGUUCUGUUACAUCCCUAAAUUCUAUAUUCAUAGUGCAGAGCUGUGACACAGAUAUAAAUGUUCUGUCAGCAAUAUAUAUGCUUUAUAAACCGUAGCUCUGCCUCUAAACAUUCAGUCGUUCUGGUCAUGGGGGUGAAACUUCCGCACAGUUCGCUUACGUAAAAUAUUUUGUAUGAAGUGCUGCCCUCCAGCGCUCACGGUACAAAAACUUAAGCGAAGUUUUCUCAGGCACAAUAUAGAUGGCACGCAUGAAGCACAUUAUUUGAUUAAAAUCACUCCUGUUCAGACUAUGAAAGUUUAAAAAAAUAUAGUUUCAAAUAUGACAGUUUAGCUGUCUUUGAUUUUUUUCUGUUGUUGCUAUAGUGAUGUUUAUGUUAUGUCAAUAAAAAGUCAGCACACAAUCGGGAUCAGAGUUUAAUUUAAAACAUGGUGACAGUGGUGAACGAAAAAUAUUAAAAUAAGAUGUAAUCGGUACAAAUAAGUGUUUAUAAUGGGUAUUACUUGUGGAUUUGGUGUGCAUAGUGAAUAAUUAACCAUGGAACAUGCUCGACCACCAUCGGAAUUAUGCUCAGAAGGCGGCCCGGUGUGUUGCGAAACGGCGUGGCGAAAAUGUCGCCAGCAAUUUUACGAAUUCUUAAAGGUGACCAGUGUUUAGACCUUAUCAGUGGUUAUUUAUAAUCAUAAACGUCAAUAUUCAUAGUUGGUGCACUAAUGUUAUCAGGCUGCUGAAGUGCAUAGAUAUUUUCAUAAUCACAAAAGAAAAAAUAAAUCGUUGAAUAAUAAGUAUCAUCUUUUCUUUCUUUGAUUAAAAAUCCUUGAAUAUUUGAAGGAUUAUUGCAAUUUGUUUUCCUUAUUUCUAUAUAUUUAUAAAAUUUGGCUAUUUUAAAUAUUUGGGUACAUUAGUAUUAUAUAGUGAAAUAGGUGAUUUUGUAAAUAUUAUGUUUAUGUUAAAUUUUUUUCAUUAAUAAUUCCUAUAUAAGAAUUAAGGAAAACAAACAGCAAUAGUCAUACAACUAAAAUAUAGAUUGUACUCGUAGAGAGAACGCCAUCUAUGGGUAGCUAAUAAAUCUAAUUAGAAUGCGCCAUCUAGUGAUCACGGUACAUAACUUUUUUAAACCGAAAUGAGAGUUGCGUAUCUAUCUCAAUAUAUAAUGUAUCAUCUAUGGUUCUGGUGAUUAGCCGAAUUGCUGUCCAGCUACGGACCUGGUUUAUGCCCGCCGGUCUGGACUAAGUAACAAGGCUAAGCCCCUGGUAAUACUAGCCGCCUAUAGACCCUUUGCAGGUCCUCGCGAGUCGCGAAACAUAGUGAUCCGAAGUAAUAGAGCUUGUUGUCGAACUAUAGUUAAAUUAUAAAUAAUAAAGUUCAGUUUUAGUUAAUAAAGUGUUUUUUUUUAUAAACACCGAUAAGCCGAAACUAACAUUUGGUGUCAGAAGAAAGCGGGAUUUAUUCCUGUUGGACGCCUACUCCUGACGACGUCCAGAAACUAUAGUUCUCCGAGCCAAGCUGCCUGCCCUGCUGCCGUUCCUGAUCUCUCUGACAGACGGAUAGUCAGACUCCCAGCUACUCCGACAAUAAGACCACAUCGUGCCAUACCCUGUCGUUCCCGAGGGUUCACUGCCCAGCCGAGAGGUGCUGCCACGCGGUCCAGACUCCUGAAACAUCACCUACAUCGCGACGAGGCGUGCGGGAUUGCACGCGCGACCCAGAUCGACUCACCCGGCGUUGCAACACACUGCGCCGCUGCUCCGAUUAAUUCGCCGACUCAUCAAUGACACCGAUUCUUGUACUACUGGUCAUCGCGCCAGGCACCAUCGCCACAACCGAGUUAAUAACGCCAAUAGUCGAUAGCCCAGGUCUAUAUUUCGAUAAUCUAGGAAUCUUAAAAUACUACAAUAACUUCUGGAAUAUUAUUACAUUUACUGACUUAUCUUACAUAAAACCUCAUGUAGAAAACAUUAAAAAUGUUAUAUAUACCGUAAAAGAAACUUGCCAUAGUUAUAAAUCUGCUAAAAUACAGUCCGAUUGCUCUAACACACUUAGUCCUUUAGAAAUAAUUCUAAAAAAUGUUGAAAAUAAUUAUCAAUCUCUAUCUCAUCUUACGCAGGAAAAAGGUCGUUCUAAAAGGUCUUCAUGGUUCGGUUUUGGUGGACCCAUACUUAAACAACUAUUUGGAUCCCUAGAUGAAGACGAUGCUCAAAUAUUUACUAAUGCUAUAAAUGCAAUUCAAGAUGACCAGAGACAUCUUGCAUCUUUAAUGAAAGAAAAUAUUCAUGUUAUCUCUUCUACUAUUAGUACAUUUAACAAUACUAUUCAGAAACUAAAUGAAAAUGAGCAAAUACUUAAUAGUAACAUAGAAAAAUUAGAUAAAAUCCUAGAUAACGUUUUGCAAACUACAAAUAAAUUAGAAGCGUCAUCACAUCUCACAAUGACCUUUAGUGCUUUAGAAAGCUCAUUAAUGACUUUAAAUUUUAACCUCAAGGAUAUCAUUGACGCAAUCCUAUUCGGUAAACAAAACAUUGUCCAUCCCUCUAUACUAUCUCCUAUGCAACUUUAUAAUGAAUUAAACUCUAAUAAAAAUAAAGUUCCCCAAAAUUUUCCCUUACCCUUGAAUUUAGAAAAUAUGCACAUACUUUUAGAUAUAUCCCAAAUUUCUAGUUUCAUCACUGACUCUAAAAUAGUAUUUGUUGUUAAAAUUCCUCUUGUUCUCUUACAAGAAUAUAAUUUGUACCAUGUCUAUGCCCUUCCGACUGCCCAUGAUAUCAAUAACCCACAUUCCUUUGCUAUGAUCAACCCUACUGCUAAAUUUUUGGCAAUAACAGACGAUAAAUUACUGUAUUCAAUGACAGACUCGAUCAGUGAUUGCAAAACUCUAACAAAUAACUAUCGCCUGUGCAAAUUAGGCAAUGUGCAUUCUAGUGUCGCAAAUCCUACGUGUGAAGUGCAAAUCCUAAGUGCUUACAUAAAUAAAAUACCGGACACAUGUGAUUAUAAAAACGUAGUUAGUGAUAUUGACGUUUGGCAAACGAUUAGUAAUAAUAAAUGGAUAUAUGUUCAAUCCAACAUAGCUAAGCUCUCGGUUAAAUGUAACAAUAGUAUUAACGACUAUGAUAUAAUUGGAACAGGAAUUCUCAAGCUUCCAAAAGGAUGCACAGCUUUUCAUAAACUCUUGCAAUUCUCUCCUUCAGUAGAAUACGAAACUGCAUUGUAUAUGCCUACUCCUAACUUUAACAUUAUAAAUGACGAUUGCUGUUCCAGAAAGAAAAUAAAUUCUACGCUUCCAUAUCUAACACCAAUUAAAUUAUCUCAUAUAAACUUAGAUUCUUUGCAUUACGUUACACAUAGAUUAAAUCAAGUUAACGAUGAAAUUGAAAAGAUUGAAAACAAACCCUACCAUAUUAAAUAUGGAAGUUAUUUCAGUGUUUGUACAACUCUCGUAUCUUUAAUCGUAUUAUGCUAUAUUUCUUUCAAAAUGUAUAAAAAAUGUUGUAAUCGAAGAAAGCGUAAUAAUAGUUUAGAUUCUAGUUCUGGUUGCUGUAUUCAGAUUUUUAAUAGCUGUUAUACUAAACCUAAUCAAAAUAUACAAGCUAUUAAUACUAGUUCCGAUUAUGAAACACAUAAUAGAGCAUUCGAAUCCAAUAGUAGCUCAGAGAACUCUCCUACUUUCCUAAGGAGAAAUUUACAUUGAAAUGUUAUGUUUAGUACUUUUCCAUAAUUACUAUUAUACUAAUACUGUUACUAAAUUAUUAAAUGCCAUUUCAUGUUUGGUUUAUACUAUUACAUAAGUCUACUAUAUACUAUUUGCUAUUUUAAUACACUGGUUCUUUUGUAAUAAUAAGAAAAUGUUAUUUUGUAAGUUUUUUAUUUUCUAUUUCUUUGUGAUUGUAUUAUCUUAAAUAUUAUUACCUAUGUAGGAAAAGAAAAAAUAUGAUUAUGUUAUUCCUAAUUUUCAUUUCUAUUUCUUCUAUUGUAAUACUUGGAUCACUAUUGUAAUAUUCUACUCACAUCUUACUUACUAUGAUGCUUCGUCUUAAAGAGGGGAGGUGUUACAUCCCUAAAUUCUAUAUUCAUAGUGCAGAGCUGUGACACAGAUAUAAAUGUUCUGUCAGCAAUAUAUAUGCUUUAUAAACCGUAGCUCUGCCUCUAAACAUUCAGUCGUUCUGGUGAUUAGCCGAAUUGCUGUCCAGCUACGGACCUGGUUUAUGCCCGCCGGUCUGGACUAAGUAACAAGGCUAAGCCCCUGGUAAUACUAGCCGCCUAUAGACCCUUUGCAGGUCCUCGCGAGUCGCGAAACAUAGUGAUCCGAAGUAAUAGAGCUUGUUGUCGAACUAUAGUUAAAUUAUAAAUAAUAAAGUUCAGUUUUAGUUAAUAAAGUGUUUUUUUUUAUAAACACCGAUAAGCCGAAACUAACAGUUCCCAACAAUCGUGAGCGUAAACCGAAGAGCGUCAAUAAGUAACACAGUGGUCUAGCUACUCGUAGCAUUAUUCUCUUUGAACUACUGAUUUGACAAACGAGAAUAAUUUGCAUUUACAAUAAUGUGAUAAGUGGAUGCCAAUAGGAUGGAAACACAACAACUACAAUAGCUGUAGGAAACUGGAGUAUUAUACACGACCAUUUACAAAAGUUACUGUUGCUGUAAACAUUAUAUCUAGA